CUGAGAAAAGAGUAUCGAUUGAUCAAUUUUAAAACUGUUUGAUGCUUUUCUCAAAACAAAAACAUGUCUUCUCAUCUGACAUCACUGAUCAUACCGAGAAAAACUGUGACUGAAGUCUCUCCAGUCUACCAAAUAAAACAUUUCAAUGAAACUUGUGUACUGGAAUGGGAUAUUUUGCUCGACAGUGACUGAAGCCAAGACGAGACGAGACGAAUUGCUCGUCUCGUUUUCUGGAUUAGGGCCCAUAGUUUCUUGUUGUUGCAAAAAUGCGAUCGGAAUGUACAAUGAAAAAUGAUUUCAAAUACAGGGAUCGUAUCAGUUAAGUAUUUAAUUUUUUUUUCUAUUUGAUUCGAUGAUUCAUAACCAGGUAUACGCGAAACAUCGUAUACAUGAGUUUCUGUUAUGUUAUUCAAGAUACAUUUUUUUUUCUCGCGAGUACUGAAAAAUUAUUUUAGAUUUUUGGUGUCAAUCUCAGUGAAUUCCAUUUUGUUCUCACAAACUCCUAAUGUAUCCCAAUUGGAAGACUAUACGGUACUCGCUUCGCCAUUCCAUAGUAACACAUUAUGUUCUCAAAAACAGUUUCCCUAGGAACCUAUAAUGAAUAUAUUCUGGUUUGUUAUUGCGCGCAUUUGUUGCGAAAUCAUUCUAGAAAAGAUAGUCGGUAUGCACUGACGCAAGUUGUAAAAUUCUCCUUGUAAUUUAAUUACAGUAUUUACAGUUUCUAAAAAUGUGUUCAAGUUUGUGUCUUAAGAAUAGUUAACUCGUUAUAUAUAAACAAUGUUCCUAUCGUCGAUACCUUCACUGCCAUCUAUACUCAACUCUCUGUCCAAUGAUUCCGUCAUCAUCAGAAGGACUCGCUUCUCUCAACCCUCCACGUCCAGCUUUCAGCACAUGGCCAGGAUGAUGGACACGUUGAUAUUGGACAACCUGGCACCGUUUGCAUUCACCAAAAUUACCACCACCCAUCGGCCCUCAAGGAUAACUGCAACGAACCUCGGUCCAGCGGGCGUUCCGGCAAGUUCUGGUGGCGGCAAUGGAGGCACUAUGGUCACUGGUGGAGGAGGUAUGGGUGGAGGGGUGAAGAAAGCUACCAGCACAUCGAAUGUGACCGCCAGCUGUGGAGUCGCUGGCGGAGGUGUCAGCAGUUCGACGAUUCGUGUCAACUUGCAGAAGAACAAAAUUCCGACGCAAGAAGUCCAUCCAAAUCCGAGACAUGCAAAUAUGGCUUCCAACGCGUCAUCUCCCCCGACGGCAACGGAUUCACGCUGGAUUUCGUCGCUCCGCCGGCGGGACCCUGAGUUGCAACCAACGCUGCCUUCAAUCAAUCACUCCAAUCACCAAAGUACCUCGUCACUUACGCACCAGCACAGCGUCGGAUAUACCAGCUCAACAAACACUCCAAGUGAUCGUCGCAGCAGUCGCAACAGCGGACAGAAGUCAUCACUCAGAAAAAGCCGGUCGGUGGAACGGAUCAGAGCGAGAAAGAUGGCUACUUCUAAGAUAAAGGAACGACCGAAAAAGUCCUCUUCGGAAGAGGGCGGUGGGUCCGACGAUCAAGAAGCGACUUCGGUGGAGGAAAAUUCUCCGCAGCCGCAAAAUUCUCCGGUGAAACGAAUUGACAAAUCGAAACUGUUUAACCCGAUUGGGUACGAACCGCACUUGGUGGAUACAUUGGAGAAAGAUAUGUUGCAGAAGAAUCCUAACGUUCAGUGGAACGAUGUGGCCGGAUUGAACGAAGCGAAAGCAAUCCUUCAAGAAGCGGUAGUACUGCCAGUGAUUUUGCCCGACUUCUUUCGGGGUAUCCGGAGACCGUGGAAGGGAGUACUGAUGGUGGGUCCACCGGGUACUGGUAAAACCAUGCUAGCCAAGGCGGUUGCUACGGAAUGUGGCACUACGUUCUUCAACGUGUCGUCGAGCACGUUGACUUCCAAAUACCGGGGCGAAAGCGAAAAAUUGGUUAGAUUACUGUUCGAAAUGGCUCGCUUCUAUGCUCCUAGUACAAUUUUUAUCGACGAAAUUGAUUCGUUGUGUGCCUGUAGAGGAAGUGAUUCGGAGCACGAAGCCAGUCGACGUUUCAAAGCCGAGUUGCUCAUUCAGAUGGAUGGUUUGAAUGCAUCGAAUGAUGAAAAAAUAAUAAUGGUACUGGCGGCGACCAAUCAUCCAUGGGAUAUCGACGAAGCAUUCAGAAGAAGAUUCGAGAAACGGGUUUACAUAGGUCUUCCGAAUGAUAACACUAGGAAAGCCUUGUUGGAGCUUUGUCUCAAGGGUGUGAAUGUUUCAUCGGAUCUGGACACCGAGGUGAUAGCGGACCAGUUGAGAGGUUACACUGGGUCAGACAUCGCUAAUGUUUGUCGCGAUGCCGCUAUGAUGGCCUUGAGACGACACCUCAGUGGUUUAAGCCCUUCGGAAAUUAAAAUGAUCAGACGGGAGGAGGUAGAUCUCCCGGUUACGGUACAGGACUUCCAGGAUGCGAUGAUAAAGACACGAAAAUCGGUUUCGGCAAAUGAUGUUGCUCGAUACGAAACGUGGAUGGAUGAGUACGGAUCGUGCUAGUGCUACAUUUAAGAGCUCAAUGGGAAUCACCUUCAUACGGAAUUAAUCACAAGCAGUAUAUACAUUAUGUCAUUGCUCCUUUUCUAUACUCUUAUUAAACACUGAACGAACUCUCAGGUGGUGGUAUUGAAUCCUUGGCGCUGUUGUGUUCAUUUGUAAAAUCCUGAUACAAUUGUUUAGCUCAAAUGUUAUGAUGUUCAAGCUUAUUGUACUUUCCACGCCAUAUUGGAAUAUAAGCAUUUUUUAUAUUAUCAUUGAAAGUAAAUGCAUCUUUUGAGUUUACUCGUGUUUUAGGACCAAGCAACUGUAACAUUAAAAAUUGAAAAUUUUAUAUGUUAUAGAUAAAUAAA